GGGGGGACGGGCCGGAGCUCCCCGGCAGAGACACACCCCAGGAGCCGGCCGCCUGCAUCCCACACGCACCAGCCUCCUCGAACUAUGCGGAGGAGUCGCUCGCUCCGGUUCCCGCUGCUCCUGCUGCUGCUGCUGCCGCCGCCCCAGGUCCUGCCCGCGGACCCCCGGACGCCCGCGCCGGUGAACCCCUGUUGUUACUACCCAUGCCAGCACCAGGGGAUCUGUGUCCGCUUCGGCCUUGACCGCUACCAAUGUGACUGCACCCGCACGGGCUAUUCUGGCCCCAACUGCACCAUCCCUGAGCUGUGGACCUGGCUCCGGAAUUCGCUGCGACCCAGCCCCUCUUUCCUCCACUUCCUGCUGACGCAUGGGCGCUGGUUCUGGGAGUUGAUCAAUGCCUCCUUCAUCCGUGACAUGCUCAUGCGCCUGGUACUCACAGCGCGUUCCAACCUUAUCCCCAGCCCCCCCACCUACAACAUAGCGCAUGACUACAUCAGCUGGGAGUCCUUCUCCAAUGUGAGCUAUUACACUCGUGUUCUGCCCUCUGUGCCCCAAGACUGCCCCACGCCCAUGGGGACCAAAGGGAAGAAGCAGUUGCCAGAUGCCCAGCUCCUGGGCCGUCGCUUCCUGCUCAGGAGGAAGUUCAUACCUGACCCCCAAGGCUCCAACCUCAUGUUCGCCUUCUUUGCACAACACUUCACCCAUCAGUUCUUCAAAACUUCUGGCAAGAUGGGUCCUGGCUUCACCAAGGCCUUGGGCCAUGGGGUAGAUCUCGGCCACAUUUAUGGGGACAACCUGGAACGUCAGUAUCAGCUGCGGCUCUUUAAGGAUGGGAAACUCAAGUACCAGGUAGUGCUGGGCUUGCGGAUGGGGCAGUGGGAGAGGCCUCCCGUGGUCUUCCCUGGCAGAGGAGGAGAGACAAUGAACCCUGGGAGAAGGUGCAGGCCAGGAGCAGACAUGGCCUCUCAUGUUCUCCUGGGAGGUAGACUUUGGGUCUUGAUAGGAGAUGGACAGUUCCAGUCUGCAUAUAUACACUGAAUUUCCCUCCAUAUCAUUUGGACACUAUGAUGUGCCUGGCGGAGGUGACUGAGCAGUGACCAUGAGAGUUAAUGGGCCCUGACCUCACAGGAACUCACAGCCCAUCAGGGUCCACACCCAAACACUAGGGUGCCAGCUUCUGUCUGCACUAGCACUAGAAAUAUAACGUGAACCACAUACGUCAUUAAAAUUUCUCUGGUGGUCACAUUAAGAAAGGUAAAAAGAAACAGGUGAAAUGGAUUUUAAUAAUUUAUUUUAUUUAACCCCAUGUUUAGCCAGAUUAUCAUUUCAAUGUGGAAUCAAUACAGAAAUUAUUAAUAAAAUAUCUCACAUUCUUUUUUUUUCAUGCUAGAUCUUUGAAAUCUGAUCUAUAUUUUAUAUUCACAGCACAUUUCACUUUGGAUGCCAACUUUUCUCUGGGGAUAUCCGAUCUGUGUUCAGAUUUCAUAAAGUUACAGCUGAAAAGUAGACUCACGGGCCCAGGUUGUUCUGAGCAUACUUAAAGAUUUUCCAGUUGCUGAAGGAUCAGUUUUCAAAUUGAAAUCUACAGUAAAUAACGUUACAGAUUCAGUUCUUCAUUCACACCAGCCGCGUUUCUAGUGCUCAGCAGCUGUAGGUGACUAGUGGCUGCCAUAUCGGACCUCACAAAUCUAAACAAACCAAAACCCAAGCAAAACGUGCUCUGCUGAAGCUUUAAGGCGAAGACCAGUACUUGGCAUGUAGUAGCGUAUUGAUUGACUGAAUGAAAAAGCUGCCAUAUUUGGAGACUUCUCACCCACUAGGGAGAAGCCAUGAGACAGCUCCCAGGAUGGGGCAGGCUUCCCUAGGAAGGUCAGAGAAAGUAAGAGCUGCAGGGAGGAUGAGGCGGAGUUCAGGAGGCCCAGAGCAGGGGAUGGGCUUUGUAGGCGGCCAGUGCCUGGACUUGGAGAGGAGAAGGCUCAGAGGGAGUGAGGGAAUUCAGGGAAGCAGGGCUGGCUGGCCCCUGAAUGACUGCGGGGCGAGGGUGGAGAACACCUCUGGGGCGUGUUUAGGAUUUCCAGUUUCUACCAAGAGCCGAGAGAGAACUUGGAAGGGUUUGAAGCCAGGGCACGAUACUAAAUUUGGGUUUUUGGUUUUUUUUUUUAAAGAUUUUAUUUAUUUGACAGAGA